AUGCGAAUCCUCUGCAGCCAUGCCUCUCCUUCACUGUUGGUGAUCCGUAAUAGAAGUGGAGAGAUCCUUUACCGCAUUUCACCUUGGGCAAAAUAUGUAAUUCGUGAAGAGGGCAAAGUGAAUUAUGACUGGAUGCACUGGGAACCACCAUUACCAUAUCUUAGUAGACAUCCUUCCCCUGAGAAACCGAAAAGCCUAAGAAUCUAUGAGUCUCAUGUGGGAAUUGCUUCCCCUGAAGGGAAAAUAGCUUCUUAUAAAAACUUUACUUACAAUGUACUACCUAGAAUAAAGGAUCUCGGAUACAAUUGCAUUCAGUUGAUGGCUAUUAUGGAGCAUGCCUACUAUGCCAGUUUUGGUUACCAGAUAACAAGUUUUUUUGCAGCAUCAAGUCGUUAUGGGACCCCAGAUGACCUGAAGGAAUUGAUUGAUGUUGCCCACUCAAUGGGAAUUACUAUACUAUUGGAUGUUGUGCACAGCCAUGCAUCAAAGAACUCAGAGGAUGGUUUGAACAAAUUUGAUGGCACAGACUCCUGUUUUUUUCAUUCUGGACCUAAGGGAACGCAUGGUCUUUGGGACAGCAGACUUUUUGAUUAUUCAAACUGGGAAGUUUUGAGGUUCCUUCUUUCCAACUUGAGAUCAUGGAUAGAAGAAUAUAGCUUUGAUGGCUUCCGUUUCGAUGGUAUUACAUCUAUGCUAUACCACAAUCAUGGAAUUGGUGAAUCUUUCAGUGGAGAUUACCACGAAUAUUUUGGUCUACAUGUAGAUGAAGAUGCUCUGGUUUAUCUAAUGUUGGCCAACCACAUGAUCAAGUUUUUGCAUCCCAGAUGUCUAACCAUAGCUGAGGAAGUUUCUGGAAUGCCAGCUCUUUGCUGUCCCGUUACAGAGGGAGGAGGUGGAUUUGAUUAUCGAAUGGCCAUGGCAAUUCCAGAUAAAUGGAUACAGAUAAUUAAAGAGUUGAAAGAUGAAGACUGGGAUAUGGGCAAUAUAGUAUAUACACUGACCAACAGGAGGCACGAAGAGAAAUAUAUUUCAUAUGCAGAGAGUCAUGACCAGGCCCUCGUUGGUGAUAAGACAUUGGCAUUCCGGCUGAUGGAUGCAGAGAUGUAUACAAAUAUGAGUGUGCUUUCCCCUCUUACUCCAGUUAUUGAUCGUGGAAUACAGCUUCAUAAAAUGAUUCGCCUCAUUACUCAUGCACUUGGAGGAGAGGGCUAUCUCAACUUCAUGGGCAAUGAAUUUGGGCAUCCAGAAUGGUUAGACUUCCCCAGAAAAGGAAAUAACGAGAGCUACCAUUAUGCCAGAAGACAGUUUCAGUUAGCUGAUGAUCAUGUUCUUCGCUAUAGAUUUCUAAAUGCUUUUGACAGAGAUAUGAAUAAAUUGGAAGAAAGAUUCGGCUGGCUUGCAUCUCCCCCGGGUUUUGUGAGUGAAAAACAUGAGUCUAAUAAGGUCAUAGCUUUUGAGAGGGCAAAUCUCAUUUUUAUAUUCAACUUCCAUCCGUCCAAAAGCUAUGUGGACUACAGAGUGGGUGUGAAAACUGCAGGAAAGUAUAAAAUUGUCCUGGAUUCUGAUGCACCAGAAUAUGGAGGCCAUCAAAGACUGGAUCAUGGCACAGAAUACUUUACUGAACAGUAUCCACAUAAUUAUCAACCUAAUUCACUUUUGAGAGCCAAUUCACAGACCAGCUUCGAUGGCAAGCCCAGAAGAUGCUAUCUAAACCACCUACAGGUGUACAUUCCAAGCAGAGUGGCUAUUGUACUUCAAAACCUGGAUAUACCAAACUAAAGAUCUCCAUGGGCAUCACUACAGAAGCAAGAAGUUUAAAAUAAUGCAGUGACUACACUAUGCUGCUCAAACACUGAAUAUCUCAGAAAUUUGUACAAUGGAUGCUUUGUGGAAUUAAAUAUAGUAAUAUUAAAGUGAUACAAAUGUAGGAUUAAUAUUUACAUAUAAUUACAGAGCUCUCAAGUACUAAAAGCUAUUUUAAGGAGACUGUAUGCAAAAGACAGAAAAAAUCAUCUUUGUAGUUCUGAUAGUACAGAAUUACAGUUUAAAGCAUUCUAGAGCAGCUGGCAUUCUCAAUUGAGCUGUCGUUAAUGGUGUUUUUUUCAGGAAUAAUGUUUUAUGUGUAUUACUGCUCUGAUUUCAGCAAUUUCUUUUAAUCCUUCGUCAUUUUGGUAUUGAAUUCAGAUAUUCAUUAUACACCACAGUCUCUUGUAAAGACAAAAAGUAAACAAUAUGUUAAAAUACAGCUUCAGCUUGGAGAAAAUGCAGCCAUAAAUGUUUGAGACACCCCAUGUUGCAGUCUCCAUUCCGCAGGGAUUUCCAAGAUGCAUUACAGGUGUCACUUUUUUUUUUUUUUUUUUCAAUCAAACCACUGAUGAGAAAAAAUCCAGUGAAAAUAACAUACAUUGCCAUUUUUAUUUAAUGAAAAUUUCACAAUGAGGUCUUUGGAGACAGGCUGAGACUAGAGUGACCUGAAUUCUGUUUAUAGCUCCACCGGUAAUCUGUUGCAUGGUUUGGCAAGUCGCUUCACCUGUGUGCUUCUGUCUUAGCAUCUGAAUAAUGGAAAUAUUGCCAACUUUUAUAAACCAUUUUAAGAUCUACAAAUAAAAAGCUCUGUGUAGAAACUUAGUAGUAGUCAUAGUGUGUGUGUACCCAGACACACACACACACACACACACACACACACACGAGAGAGAGAGAAAAAAAGAACAGCUUUCCUUUACAUAUAUUUGCAUAAACCUGAGGAUUCUAUAACCACUAUUUUUACUGUUUCCAAAAGCUGCCAUUGAACUUCAAGCACUUCUACUGUUGAUCUUGCACUUUUUAUCAUUUAAAAUUCUGCUUACCAUGAAGAAACAGUAUCAGCAAGACACAUGUAUAUGUGUGUUUAUAUAUACUGCUGGUAAUGAAACUAAGCUUUUUGAUAAGUUCAAGCUAGCUAAUUUGGUGUACAGGCUAAAAGUGUUCAGGUGGCUCUUUGAAUGUCAUAUUUUUGGUAAAGAAUAAGAUUCUUCAUAUUUGAAAAGUGUAACUACAUAUUAUUCUGAAAAGGUCACAAAGAAUUAGACAAAUUAUUUUGCUGUACUAAUUUAAAAACACAUAUAUGAGCUAUGAAUUUGUGUUGGCUCUAAAAUGUGGUUUUAUUUAGCUUUAUAAUUGAUUCUAAAUUACAGUUCUAUGUUUUCUAACUUAAUAUUCAUGAGGAAAAAUGUCCAUGACGCACGACAGGUUUUGUUUGUUUGUUUGUUUUGGGGGGGGGGGGGUUAUUCAUAGUUCUACUAAUUAGCCAUCUUCUAUAGAAAGUGUUACAUAAAUUGCAGAAUGCUUAUGCCCAUACUAAAAACCUUGCACAGGUUUUUAGUAUUACUUACUCUCUUGGAUCUGUAACAUGGAUAUCUUUCUAAAGUAAAGAGUCAAUUGGACAGGCUAAUAUCACAUGAUGGCAAAUGCAGUCUUUUGAUAGUUCUUUGAUGCGCAGUCUUUUGAUGAUUUCACUUUAAAAAGAGUUCACGAAGAUCACACAACUCAUCUAAUUGGACUCUUUGUAAUAGAUAAAUUAGACAGUGCCCUAUGCAAUAGUGCUAUUUAGUGGUACAAUUCUUUUUUCCCCUUCAUUGCCACUUCAUUUGUUAUUCAGUAACAGACUCUUAAAAUAUAUACUGCUGCUUUUAAACAAUAUACUGAAGAGUUGCACCCACUGCAACAAAAUACUGUUUUUAAAAUUGUAAGCUCUGUAGUGAAGUAAAAAGCAAUGUAAUUAUAUGCUGUAUUUUCAUUAUAUUGAUCAGCUAAUAUGUUCUGUAGAUAUUAUGGGCUGAAGUUCCAUGGUUCAAAAAUAUAAUGCAAAGCAAUUCCCCUUAUCAAACUUUUUUGCAAGAGAAGCAAUAAACGUGUGAUGUGAAGUAGAAACUGUAAUAAUACGUUAAAAUAAACUAUGGGAAGGAUAAAACAAAUACACGUGGUUUUAUCACUCCUGUAAAAAAUAAAAUAAAAGUGUAACAGUCUAAUACU